AUGCCAAAAAAGGGGAAAGGUAAGAAAGACGUAACUGAAGAUGGGAAAGGUGAAUCCACUGAAAAGAAGAAGCAUGUAUCCCUUAAAUCCGAGACGGAAAUGGAAAUGGAAGAGGACGAAGAGGAAGGCCCACCCAUGGCUAUUGAAGGUAUCGUGCGCCUUUGCCUGCCGUUGGAAAUUCAAACCGUGCUAGAAUGCGUUAUAGGAGAACAAUGCACUCUGGACUCGCCUUGGGUGGAAGUGCGAAAAGCUGCAAUCCAAGAAAACAUUGGAACCCUUAAGGCGGAGUCACCGUUCUACGACAGCAGAAUUGCAAUUACCACUUACCCCGGAGAUAGGAUGUUCAUCGGGUGGGAUGUGUUAGAAGAAGCAGAAAACCAAUUUCUACUGUGCUUGACGAAAGAGGCUCGAGAAGAGAUUCUUGAAGUGUUGGAGCAAAAGAGAAUAGCUGUAGAGGAGCGCUUGGGGAACGCCGUCUUGAAGAGUAUCAAGGAAUGGAAGUCACUCGGAACGGAAACAUUCUUAGAAGAGGCUGCUAUACAGGACACGAGACCAAAACUGAAGACAAAAAUGUUUACAGAACGGGACAUAGACAAAUCACAGGCACCCACCGAUUUUGAAGACGAAGGUGGCGACGGGGAAGACGACUUCAGUUUCAGGUUCUUCCCCAAAGAACAUUUGAAAUCACAACGUAUCGCGAGGAAAAGGUACGAUAACUUCUGUCAGGCGAGUCCUCCUGUGACUAACCGAGAGGCACAGACGUACACUGCCAUUCCGAGACACACCUGGUCACAGUAUGAGUACACAGUGGACGUAGGAGCGGGGACGUUACAAGAAGAAGUCGUAGAAAAGCUUGAAGGCUACUUGAGUUCGGUGAUGGACAAUGUAGAGAGUCAACUCACUUACAACGCCGUCCUAGACUUGUACUGCGACGACUACGGCAGGAUUGGCGUUGGGGCUCAAGACUAUGAGGUUCGCGAGAAAGUCGUUUUCGACGAGUACGAGAACUUCAUCGAUGUGCAGCACUGCAAGGAGAGGGUGGUGACGUCAGUGGCGUGGCACCCGACACUUACUGGCACAGUCGCUGUCUCCUACGCGGAGCACACACGCUUCACUUUCUACGAGAGGUUUGCGUCUAAGGGUCUGGAGCAGAUGAACAGGGAGGUCAAGAAUAGGUUCUAUGGCAACAACCUUGUUUUGCUCUGGAGCUUCACAGACAAGUUCACGCCCAAGUUACGGCUGGAGAGCCCGCAUGAAGUGCACUCACUGGCGUUCUGCCCCACGGACGGUGAUCUUCUGGUGGGAGGACUCGCCUGUGGCCAGAUUGUGGUGUGGGACUUGGCGGGUCGGCUGGAGCGCGUGGAGCAGCGCGAGCAGCUGACGGAGAAACAGCAGGCGCAUCGCACCGCCAUGAUGGCGCACCUGGCGUUCAUGCGGCCGCUCGCGCCGGCGCACAUCGUGACGCCCGCCUUCGUCUCUUCCAUUGAGUUCUCCCAGGAUUCCAGCAUCACUCAUAUCCAGUGGAUCUGCCCGCGCUGGACGGUGACUAAGCAACCAUCUUCAGAUCUGAGAAUAAGCAAAGAAAAGGAAAUUGCCGUGUCGAACCGCGGCAAGCUGGCGUCUGCGGCUGAGGACGCUUCCCCGUCGCUGGCGCUGCUGACGGGCUGCGAGGACGGCACGGUGGCGCUGUGGGACCUGGAGGCCCGCCAGCCGACCGUCGAGACGGCGCUGGUGCAGCCCAAGGCGCCGGACGACGCCAGCCCGACGCCCGUCUCCUGCAUAGCGUUCGACCCGCCGUUCGUCAGGUUACUCUCACUGCACACAACUACCUGGAAAUAG